CAGGUGACGCUCGCCAGUGAGUGCCGGUGACGGGUGGGUGAGCGUUGCGAAGCGAGCGGACGCGAGGCAUGAGGUACCUGCGCACGGCCUCCGCCAGGGCCUCCCUGGGCUGCGAGGGCCGCAGGCUGUGGUGGGCCGCGCCGCUGGCCGGCGUGUGCCUGCUGGCCGCGCUCGCGGCCGUCCUGGACGGGCCGCUGCCGCUGCGGAGGCAGGCCUGCUGGUCGCUGCUGUGGAACUACGACCAAGUCCUGGGCCUGGCCGACGACUUCGAGGGCUUCGACAACGAGACGGGAGUCUUCUCUUCGUCGGGGGCCGCCACCAUGAUCGUGCCCAACAUCGUGCACUUCCUCCGCAUCGGCCAGCCCGAGUUCUCCUUCAUGGACUACGUGUGCGUGCUGGCGGCCUGGGAGCGCCAGGACCCCGACUGGCUCAUGUUCCACACGGACCUCUUCGACUUCCGCGGCGAGUACUGGGAGCGGCUCAAGGCCACGCCCGGGCUGCGGGAGGUGCUGCAGAUCGUGCCGGCCGUCGAGGUGACGCACGUGUUCGGCCAGCCGCUGGACCCCGGCUACGGCAAGUGGCACGGCGGCGACGUGGCGCGCAUCCACAUCCUGCGCAAGUACGGCGGCAUCUUCCUGGACAACGACGCCUACCUGCUGCAGAGCCUGGACGAGCUGCGGCGCUUCGAGAUGAGCCUCGGCUGGCCGCAGGGCGAGUUCCUGGGCACGCAGGUCCUCGUGGCUCACCGCGACGCCCGCUUCCUGCUGGCCUGGCUCGAGUCGUACCGCGAGGCCUACGUCGGCACGCUCUGGUACUACAACGCCGGCCAGCGGCCCACCCAGGUGGCGCUGCACGCGCGCCCCGAGCUCGUGCACCGCGAGCCCGUCCGCCUGGGCGUCGACAUGAACGUCAUCGACGUGCUGUACCUGGAGCGCGCCUACGACGCGUGGCGGAAGGACAUGCUGGCCGUCCACCUGUUCAGCAGGCACACGGGGCUGGUGCUGUUCCAGGGGUGGCGCAAGGGGCUCAGCUACCCGGUCACCUUCACCGAGGAGAACAUCUGCGCCUACAACGUGACCGUGCUGCAACUGGCGCAGGCGGUUUUGCCGCGCCUGUGCGCGCGCCACGGCCUCUGAAGGACCAAGGGGGACGGAUGUGCCAAAGAAAAGAUGAUAUGAAAAAACCUGGUCUUAAGGCAGCGUCUGGAUCUUUAGGGGCAAGAUGCGGCUCCUGUCAGCGGAUACCUGGUUCGUCGUGUUUCUGGCAUCGCUCUGGGUUGUAUGGCGACUCAACCAAUCCUUCAAGGCCUUC